CUUUUGACUCACCUGUCAGUAUCUGUAUCCUCACCUGCCAGUGUGACGCAUUUGCAGUUCGGGAGUGAGCAAAUGAGGAUGGCAUCGGAUUUUGGAUUCUGAAGAGAAGCUGUUGAUUUCCAAAAAUCAGACAUGAGGGAUCGAAUGAGCCACCUGCAGGAUGUGUCCGAAGGGCAGGGGGGAGCAUCCGUCGAGAAAGAGGUGCCCGGCCCAAACGGGACGUCCGAUGGCCCGGGGGCCUCCAACGGCGUGGCCAAGCCCGCCACGACACCCGACCCGUACACCAACGUGGACCUGGGCGACGUCCCCAUUCAGCAGCAGGCGGUGGUGUUCGACAACGACGGCACCAUGGACAAAAUCUUCGACGAGGCGCAGACCGUGCGCCAGGAGGUCCAGCUGAUCCGCCUGGACGUGGAGAAGCUGAAGGGGCACAACGCCCGCAGCCUGAACGAGCUCUCCGACAAGAGCGCCGACCUCCGGAAGGACUCCAACGCCGUCGCCGGGCAGAUCAAGUCGCGGGCCGAGGCGGUGCUGACGCGGCUGCAGAAGAUGGACGCCCGGACCAAGGAGCUGGAGGCCAAGCUCGGCGGGAACGUCGCCGCGGUGCGCGUGGCCAGGACGCAGUACAUGAGCCUGAGCAACAACUUCCGCGACGUCAUGUUCGACUACAACGAGGCCGAGAUGUCCUUCCGGGAGAGCUGCAAGGCCCGGCUGCAGCGGCAGCUGGAGAUCGUCGGCCGGGAGGUCACCGGUGAGGAGAUCGACCAGAUGAUCGAGAGGGGCGAGUUCAACGUUUUCACCGACGACAUCCUGACGGAGGGCAAGACGUCCAAGUCCGCGCUGGACCAGAUCGAGACCCGGCACCAGGAGCUCCUGGACCUGGAGAGCCGGCUGCAGGGCAUCCACGAGAUCUUCCUGGACGUGGCCAUGCUGGUGGAGGAGCAGGGGCCCAUGAUGAACAACAUCGAGGCCAACAUCCAGAACACGGACGCCGCCCUGCAGGAGUGCAUCGUCAAGCUGGAGAGGGCCAAGAGGUACGACAAGAGCAACCCCUGCAAGAAGAUGUUCUGCGGCUGUUUCCCGUGCUACAACGACUGAGCUUGGUUUCGCAGCGUGUGGGAGAAGAUGAACGGAAAGUUCCGGAAAUAUAGAUUGGGAGAUGGGGGGGGGUGGUGGAAUCAGUGCAUUGUGAAGCUGGAAAGGGCCAAGAGGUACGACAAUACAGCACCCCUCAAGAAGAUGUUCUGCAGCUGUUUCCCGCACUAGGAGAUGAUGAGCAGAAAG